UUAGAGGAGUAUUAAAAAUAUAUACUUUUAUCGAUAAGACGAGGUCACCUACUUUGCGAGCCACGCUGGUGAAUAAAACCUAGUUUGAAUUUAAUAUCAAAUAUGAUCGCAACGCUUCUCUUCAUUUUGAAGGCGCUUCUUGCAAUGACAAAAGCGUUGUAUAGAUACAUCAUACCAAAAUCCAAGAAGUCAGUGAAUGGCGAAACUGUUUUGGUAACUGGUGCCGGUGACGGGAUUGGCAAAGAGGUAGCUUUGAUUUAUGCAUCUGCAGGAGCUACUGUUGUAUGCAUUGACAUUAAUGCAGAAGCAAACGAAGAGACGAUCCGAACGAUUGCCAACUUGGGAUAUGCAAAGGCAUACGCUUACACAUGUGAUGUAAGUGACUACCAGCAGGUUGUUUUUAUCAUAAACAAAAUCGAGCAGGAGGUAGGAAAUGUAACCAUCUUAGUUAACAAUGCUGGGAUACUAUUCGGCAACCCCUUCUGCGAAUUGAGCGCAACAGAAAUUGAAAAAAUGAUUCAAGUUAAUUUGAUGUCUCACUUUUGGACCGUAAAGGCAAUAUUACCGUCGAUGUUGAAAAACAACUACGGCCACAUAGUUUCCGUGGCAUCCAUUUUUACUAUCAUAUCAAUGCCUUAUUUUGUUCCGUAUUCGGCGUCAAAAUUUGCAGUUCAAGGAUUUAUCGACGGACUACAAAACGAACUGGCAUUAAAUAAGAACAACAAAAUUAGGACAACUCUUAUACAUCCGUGUAUUACUAACACUGCUUUACGCAGGGGCGCAAAUGCGACAUUUUCAUCGCUAAUUCCAGUGUUUAACCCUAAAGAUGUAGCCGCAGGUAUAGUAAAUGCUCAACGGAGAGAUAUGGUUGAAGCAGCGAUUCCAUGGGGUUUACACUUAACACUGCGGAGUUUUUUGAGGUGCCUUUAGUGCGACAGAGAUUUGGUGAAUUGGAGAUUUCUGUUAUUGGUCGAGGGUGGUCACGUGAUCUAAAGCCGUGAGUUGAAAUCCUCAUUAGCUACAUAUCCAAAAGAUGGUUUAUGUUUAUGAUUUGUAAGAGUUCAGCAAUUUCGUACAUUUUACUUUAUAGGUUAGGUUACAGAUCACAUUUCUGACAGUCCCUGAUCUAGGAGGGAUCUCCAUAUCUUCCACGCAGUAACUGUCUAUUCCAAAAAGUUAAAGAAAACGCCCUACUUUUCAAAUUAUCCAAUACCCGAUUACCCAAAUCUCUGUCGCACUAAAGGUUUCCUUAACGGUCGAUUUUUCUUGUUACCAUUAGGUCUAUCUGAUACAUAACCUAUCCUACGAUAACAACAAAAACUGACCCUAAAUUGAAUGUUAUUACCAAUAUUUUAUC